CAAUGUGACCCGGUUUGUCCGCCAUACCGUCAGCGUGGUGCCGCACGGUCGCUGACGUCAUCGUCUGCGGGGACGCGCGUUUAUCAUUUCAUUAGAACGAUAAGGCUUCACUUCCGAGCGGACGUAAAGUCAGCAGAGACCAAAAGUCACCGACGUUUUAGACAAACGUGACGAUGGCUGAGGACAUCAAGAAAAAACUAGAGAACUAUCGCACCGCUCCAUUUGAUGCCAGGUUCCCCAACCAGAACCAGACCAGGAAUUGCUGGUCCAACUAUCUAGACUUCCAUCGCUGCCAGAAAGCUCUGGAUGCAAAAGGUGUAGACAAUGCCCCGUGCGAGUGGUACCGGAGGGUCUACGAGUCUCUCUGCCCUAUGUCCUGGGUCGAGGAGUGGGACGAGCAGAGAGCAGAGGGGACAUUCCCAGGAAAAAUCUGAAGACCACCGUCAACAUUGAUCGAUGAGAAUGUGUUUAAAAGUAAAGUGGUUGGACCAUCGGCAACUUUACUGACACAAAAUGCGCAUUCCUUAACAGUCAAUAUCCAAAAAAUGUAUAACAGAGCCUUAAUAAAUAUAUUCUAUACCUAUUUCACUUUAA